AUGGAUGAGUGGAGAAUCAUUUCGAUGGAUAGUGGGAGAUGGGAAAGCAACACUGUUGUGGGAGGAUGUGUAGCUUGGAGAAAUAGCUUUAAGAUUAAGAUAUCCUCGCUUAUACAGAGUUUAGCUAUGACAGGAUUGUUUGAGAGACAAUUGUUGGAUAGGGAACUAGCCUUGGUAGAAAUUAUAAAACGAGAAGUGGACAAAGUGACUUUAAAUCCGUCCGUGGCAGAUCGGAUUGUAUGGGUGCAUGAAAAUGAUGGGUUGUUCAAGGUCAAAAAAUUGCAUGAGUUAUUGCUUAGUGAUGGGAAUUUUGAAGUUGAGGGUUCGUUUAAUUUUGACAAAAUAUGGAAUCUAAAAGUUCAUCCGAAGGUGAAAUAUUUUUUGUGGAUACUUAAAUUGAAUAGAGUACCAACAAAGGUAUUCCUUAAAUCUAGAGGGAUUACGCUGUCAGAUGCUCAAACUUUAUGCCCUUGGUGUGGGGAUGUUGAAGAGAAUGCGAACCAUUUGUGGUGGAAUAUUUCAGGUUUAAAUAUACAGACAGUGGAUGAAGUCUUUGAGUUUUGUUAUCAGUGUAGGUGGUCAGGAUCUAUAGCUUUGGCUUGGUUUGUAAGUUUUGCUACGGCAUUAUGGAGUCUAUGGCUGGCGAGGAACGAUUAUGUUUUUCGAAAUAAAGGCAUUAAACUUAAAGACUUGCUUGUAUAUGUGAAGAUGAGAGUGUUUGCUUGGUGUAAGGCGUUGAAGGAAUUUACUGAUUUGGAUAAGAAAUGUUGGUGGGAUCGGCCUGCAAAGUCAGCUGCUAUGUAUCAAGCUUCUAAGAUCGUUUGA